AGGCCUUAGGUAGUCAAAUGAGCUCGUAGAAAGAAAAUUGAGCUGGUUAAAAACACGUUUGCAUGAAACCUAUAGUGCAUAUAGUUAUGAAAUAAUUUACAGUUAAAAUUAAUCGUAUUUCUGACCAAAUGACUGUUUCCAAAACUUGAUUGGAAAAAAAUCGCUCGAUAGUUUUUAUUUUUAAAGACACGUCUAACAUUUCAUAAAAGUUCCCAUUACAGCCAUGUUUCACAAUAUUAAAAGCUGUAAAUUUGCAAAAAGAUAGGUAUUUACUAUACAAUUUGAAUGACUGUUUUAGAAUUUUGAGAAACUAAAAUUUUUCAUCAUGUUUUGACAAUAAUGUGAUUGGCGCAUACGACAUUUAGUUCCGAGCUCAUUGAUUCCAUUGUAAACGCGAACCCCGACCCGCGCUCCACCCGCGAGACCCAGUCCUGCUUCGGCAUUCGGACGCAUAGGCUGUGUCGCUCGCCGCGCUGCUCCCGCAUAAAUUACAGUUUUGAAAUUACGAAUAUAUAACGUAACCAUGGGGCGUAAGAAACUGAGUGCUUGCAGAAAAAGGAGUGCCAAACAAAUGAAUGAAGUAAUGAAGAAACGACGUUGCGUGUCAACAAACGAAAUUUUAAAUUUGGAUGCUAAUGAAAAUUUACGAAAAACUCAUACUGAAAUGCAGAAUGUAGGUGUAACAUUCCCAAUCGUUCAAACGGUAUGUGAGUCUCCUAAAAGUUCUCAAACAGUUGAAGCGCACGAAGAUCAAAGCUCAAAAACUUACACUGAAUUGCAGAAUGUAUGUGGAACAUUCCCACUCGUGGAAACACUAUGUGAGACUCCUGAAAGUUCUCAAACAGUUGAAGUGCACCCUGACCAAAGAACGUCCGUAGAAAUCACCGCAGAAGUUACCGAAGAAUCCCUAGGAAUGACCAUAGAAGUACAGAAUGCAUCGGUAUCGUCAAAGAAAUGCAUAAUUGAUGGGCGCAGGAUCGUAUCGUUGGAGUUCUUUUUAGAUAAAUUAACUAAAAUUUCUACGCACAACCCAGCAUUUGGUUGUACUCUGCAAAAUUUAAUUCUUAUAUCAGAAAAAAAAACCGGUCUCACAUCUCAAUUAAAAUUUAGGUGCAACAUGUGCAAUAUGAUAUUUUUCCUGGAUACUGAUGAACCAAAAUCACUGGAUAUAAAUAAAGCUGCAAUAAGUGGGAUGAUAACGACAGGAAUAGGAUUAUCGCAGUUUGAGGAAUUGUUUACCUCGAUGGACUUACCCUGCAUUAAUCAAAAACAUUUCGAUAAACUUCAUGACAAUGUAUGUGAAGAAUGGCAUAAAACUGCAAUGAAUUUAAUGAAAGCUGCAGGAAAGCGAGAAAGAGAUGCUGCUAUUGAAAGAGGUGACAUAACCAAGGAUGGAAUACCCUACAUAGAUGUCAUAGCGGAUGGGUGCUGGUCAAAGCGUUCUUACAAAGCUAAUUAUUCAGCACUAUCCGGAGCAGCCGCUAUAGUCGGCCGAACGUUUGGCGAAGUUCUCUAUAUUGGCAUUAAAAACAAGUAUUGCUGCAUCUGCGCUCGCGCUGAAACGAAAGGCGAAAAUGUAAGAGAACAUGCAUGUUUCAAAAAUUAUUCCGGUUCUUCGACGUCCAUGGAAUCUGAUAUUUUAUUGGAAGGUUUUAAACAGUCGGUGGAAACUCACAACCUUUUAUAUGCUCGUAUGGUGGCCGAUGGGGAUUCCAGCACCUUCAAAAAAAUUUCAGAAGCGCGCGUGUACCCAAAUUUUAGCGUUGAAAAAAUUGAAUGCCGUAACCACAUAUUUAGGAAUAUGUGCAACAAAUUAAAGGCCAUAUCCACUGACACCAAAUUUCCUUUGCAAUUUAGGAAAAAAAUUACAACAGAAAGAAUAUUAGCAAUAAGAAAAGUGAUAAACUGUGCAAUCAAGAAGCACAAAAUAGACAACAUUGAUCAUACCAAUAAAAUAAAUAAUCUUUACGGUGAUAUAAUGAAUUCGAUGAAUCAUGCCUUUGGAGAUCACGAAUCCUGUAAAGAUUAUUAUUGCCAGAGCAGCCGUGCCAGUGAAGACCUUACGUUGACUUUAAAAACUUGUUCGAUUUGGUUCAGGAUAAAAACAAUCGUAACUGCCGUGGCUGCCAAAUCUCGCAGCCUAAUCAACGAUGCCGACAGCAACCGAGUAGAAUGCUUCAAUAGCAUAGUUGCGAAAUUCGUAGGCGGUAAACGUGUAAAUUUUUCUUUGAAACGAGCAUACAAAGCUCGUUGUGAAGCAGCUGUCGUUGCCUUCAAUACAAAAAAACCGCUUUAUAAUUUGCAGAAAAGUAUGUUAGGCAGAAGUCCAAGUACGAAAGUAAAGAGUCUUGAAACUCGAAGGGCAAAUCGUUGCAAAAAAAUAAACAAUAAAAAGAAAAGUAAGAGACGCCUUUUUCCUAAGUCCAACUUGGAUAGGCACUAUGGUGAGAACUGCCAAAGACCCGACAUGCCGGAAGAUGUCCUAGAAAAAUGCAAAGAGCAAUUCCUCAGCGGUUUGGUAAGAACUAGUGAAGAAAAAGCGAUAGUUCAAAGAAAUACCAUUUUGCAAAGGGAUUCGAGUGAAUGGUUGGAGUUGCGUCGCAGUCUCAUCACUGCUUCAAACUUUGCUAGAAUAAUAAAAAGAAAAGAAAAUACGAGCGCAAAAAACCUUGUCAAAGACAUAUUAUAUAAAAAAGAAUUAAGUCAUGUCUCGUCGGUGCAGCACGGCAUUGCGAAUGAAAAAAUUGCCAUAGAGCAAUUAGCAAAACAAAUUGGUCAGAAAAUUUCUCCUUGCGGUCUCUUUAUAGAUAAUGUAAUACAUUUUUUAGGAGCUACCCCUGAUGGUCUGAUAGGAGACGACACAAUUGUCGAAAUUAAAUGUCCAAUUUCCGCCUAUCGAACUAGUCUGGAGGAAGCUAUUGCGACCAAAAAAGUUAUGUUUUGGAAAAAGUCUGGCGCGGUGCUCACGGUGAAUCAGAAUCACCCCUGGUAUAUACAAGUCCAAGGCCAAUUACAUGUCACUGGGAGAAAUAAAUGCAUUUUUGCGGUAUGGUCUGGUAUUCAUCAAGAUUUAAAAGUUGAAGAAAUAUUACGGGACGACAUAUUUUGGGAUAUGAAAAUGAAGGAAAAACUGAUUUCUUUUUAUAAAAAUAAAUUAUUACCAGAAUUGUGUGAUCCAAGACAUACUCGGAAUAUGAUUAUUCGAGAUUAGUAAAAAAACUAAACACUA